ACUAUGGACACGAAACCCAACUCUGCAGGUAUGGAAGGAGCCUCAGGAAUGAAGAGCAAGACCCUGGGGGAGAGCGACCACUUGGGAGAGGUCAAGAGGGGCCAAGUGAUCCUGGUUGCCUACCUGAUUACAACCCUAGACCUGACCUUUGUCUUCAUGCAGCUGGGAAUCAUGCCUUACUUGGCAAAGAGCCUGGGUUUGGACACAGUGGGUUUUGGCUACCUCCAGACAGUCUUUGGUGUCCUCCAGCUUGUGGGAGGUCCCAUUUUUGGAAGGUUUGCAGAUCAGUUUGGUAACCGAGCAGCCUUAAUUCUCUCCUGUGCUGCUGGAACUGUCUUCUUCCUGCUCACAUCCAUUUCCACCAGCAUCCCCCUCCUCUUCCUCUCCAGAGUGCCAGGACUGUUCAUGCACGGGCUACCAGGUGCUCAGAAGGUUAUUACAGAUCUGACUGCUCCUUCCCAGCGUGCUGGUGCUUUGGGGAAGCUGGGAUUUUGCUUUGGAAUAGGCAUCAUCAUCGGUUCUGCUCUGGGGGGUGUCCUCUCCACCAAAUUUGGCCUUUUUGUUCCCACAUAUGUUGGGCUGGUGGGAAGUCUCAUAAAUACCACGAUAGCAAUGGCUUGGAUCCCUUCGCAGACUAAACCAAAGUCAGACCAUGGUGUGACAGAGCAGAGCACAUCCCAGUCUGGCAGCGUGUUUAGCAUCAGAGAAAUCCUGCGCCUGAUGAAGUUUCCAGGAGUAAUGGAAAUUUUCAUAAUCAAGGUCUUUGCUGGAUUUCCCAUAGGUUUGUUCAUGAUUAUGUUUUCCAUCAUUUCUAUGGAUUUCUUUGGCUUGGAAGCAGUAGAGUCUGGGUACCUGAUGUCAUAUUUCGGUGUCCUUCAAAUGGUGGUCCAGGGCUUGGUCAUUGGAAAACUCACUAACCACUGCACGGAGAGGACUCUGCUCAGGCUCAGCGUUUUCGUCUUUGCUAUUGUAGGCUUAGGCAUGGCCCUGAUGAGGACAGUGUGGCACUAUUGCAUCAUUGCAGUGCCACUGAUGUUCGCCUUCAGCAUGCUGGCCACCAUCACCGACAGCAUCCUUACCAAGGCUGUCCCCUCCUCUGACACUGGUACCAUGCUUGGAAUUUGUGCCUCAGUGCAGCCUUUGACCCGGACAGUUGGCCCCACCAUCGGUGGAGUUUUAUACAAAGUGUUUGGAGUCUCCUCCUUUGGUUAUUUACAGCUAAUUGUUAAUGUAGGUUUGUUUGUUUACCUCUUAAAGAGUAAAGUCCCAGUGGGUGAGGCAAAAAGCCAAUAA